AAAUUUAGCGACGGAUUUCUGCUCUUCAACAGCUUGUCUCACCAUAUGGGAAGACUGAUACAGCUUCGGUCCUCUUAGAAGCAAUGGAGUACAUAAGGUUUCUUCAUGAACAGGUUAAGGUACUAAGUGCUCCAUACUUGUACAGUACACCAACACAAUUACAGGGCGAAGAAGGAUCCAGCCUCAGUGCCAAAGGCUUAUGCGUUGUGCCUGUCUCAUUCACUGUUGGAGUUGCUAACAGCAACGGUGCAGAUAUCUGGGCACCCAUCAAGACAAGCCCUGCGACUUCCAAACGAGCUAUAUCCGAGGAAGCUUCAGUCAUAACCCAGAGUUAGAAGCUUCAGUGUCGGAGUGACUGUCUGCGAAUGAGAAAGAUCACAUUUUAGUUAUUAGAAGCUAUUGAUCUGGGAAUGAAGUGAUGAUGAUAGUGUAUGUAUGAACUAAGAUGUAAAUUUAUGGGAAUGGUUGGAAAUAAAUCAACACUUUUUUGAGUUUCC